AGGAUGCGGAUCCGAAUCUGGUCUCGGGUCGUCCGCCGGUCGGUAGCGUCCGGUAAAUAGGAAUCCCGUUCCAAGCUGCAACCUUUGCAGACCAUUUUCAUGGCUUCCUCCUAAAUCUUUUCUGCGUAGAGAGAUUACGGGGUGAACAUGUCGUCGAGGUCGUUGGUUAAGCGCAUAGUGCCCUUUUUCGCAGCUCGAAUCCGGGAGAACUGCAGAGUUCUGAGCUCGUCCGCUUCUUCUUCGUCUUCAGCUCUUCAGGAAGCUCCAGCUCCAUCUCCUCCUCCCGAUGCCCUUCACAUGACCGACAGCUGCGUCCAGAGAAUGAAGGAACUUCAAGCCAGUGAAGAGUCGACAAAAGAGAAAAUGUUACGCUUGAGUGUAGAAACUGGUGGAUGCUCGGGGUUUCAAUAUGUUUUUGAUCUAGAUGACACAAUCAACAAAGAGGACAGGGUGAUUGAGAAGGAUGGAGUUAAGUUGGUCAUAGAUGAUAUUUCAUAUGAUUUCGUCAAAGGGGCAACUGUUGAUUAUGUUGAGGAACUCAUCCGCUCAGCUUUUCAGGUAACCAUGAAUCCCAGUGCAGUGGGUGGCUGCAGUUGCAAGAGUUCGUUCAUGGUAAAACAGUAGUGCUUACUCCGAUCUAGCAAAAAUUCUUUUUUCCCUGAAUAUAAUAAACUUUUUGCAGAUUCAUUUUCUUGACUUUAUGUAAAACAAGUGAGCUGUACUGUCCGAGGACCUAAACACGGACGGAGAUUUUUUCGACAGUUAUACAACAUUGGGAUCCUGAAUAAUAAACCAGCUUUUGUGAUUUUGGCUA